UUUGUUUGUUUUUUUAAAUUCGCACUAGAAUCAGUUCAGUUCAGUAGCUUUUAUUUGUCCCAGUAUGGGCAAUUUUUGUGAAUCAAUAUGUAUUUAGGGAACUCCUAAAAACUGGAUGAGCAACUAACUGACUCUGAUUCUCCACCAGAGAACAAACUGCGCCACUUUGGGGAAAUCUUUGCGCAUGCAAAUUAAAGAGAAACUGCCCAAUAAUUGGAGGAAGAUAUUCUAGCACAGAAUAACGCUUUAAGUAAUUGUUUACUCGAAACUUAAUUUCUUUCCGUCCCGCUGGCUGUGUCUCUCCAUGUCUCUAUGCUGCUCUCUGGACGCUUUGACAUGCGGAGACUUUUCUCUCUUCUGAUUGGCUGAGACGGUGGUGACGCAGCAGUCCUCCAGACUGAGCGGUGCUGAGGCGGCGGACGCUGUCUGCCCGCCCGCCGGACCUCAAUGUCGAACCGGUCUGGGACGGAACUCCUGCGGUGCUCCGGGGUUCGGACUCCGGGUUUUUAGAGGCAGAGCCCCGGUCACAGCCACGAGAGCAGCGCUCAUUCACCGCGUGCUGGCCAGUGGCCAUACCGGCAUGCCUUUAAAAGAAAAAGAAUGUUUACGGGAUUUUGGACUUCACAAGAGCAAUCCAGAAGAAGAGGACCGAUGCCAACUGUGAUUGUGUGACUUUUCAAUGUUUGAUUUUAGAAAAAUGGGGACAGCUUCCACGAUCAAGACUCACCCAUCAGCAUGAUUGGAGGAUCCAGUCUCUCGGGGCACACCUUGGUAGCCUGCCAUUUCCCCGUGGUGCAGCUCCCCACAUGGCAGCUUCCCGUCCAGGCCCUGUGCGGCUCGGCCAAAAGGCCCGGCCGGCUGUGCUCGGCCGGCCUGACCCGGGCCGUGUCCCUCCCGGAGCAGGACACGCGCAACCACGAGCACGCCCUCACGGACGCUCGAAGACAUUUUUCCAGCAGCUACUGCAGUCUGGCGGAGGACCGGGCGGAGGACGAGGGCGCCAGCGACAGCAGCGGGAAGUACGACUGCGCCUCCUCCCCGGAAGAGGCGAGCUCCCACCUGACCGGGGACGGCGGCGGGGCCCGAGCCUGCCUGCGCUCACACAACUCCUUCCUCCCCAACGCCGAGCUGGAGGAGGACGAGGCCGACGAGGACAGCGACGGAGACAAUCUCCACCGAUAUCACGAAGACUCAUCUUUUGUGUUGCACGGAAAUCCCCACUGGCAAAAUAACGGUGCCGUCAACUACGCAUUGGCCCACGGGGACCCGGACAGCGAGUGGGGCAGUGAGGGGACAAUGCUGGGUACCGGCGGUCACCCAGAGUGGCUCUCCAACCAGCCUGGGCGUGUGGACUCCUUACGGCCUGAAUGCCGGUGCUUUGACGGUGGCAGGCCUGGUACUACGGUGUCGUCCCGUGUGGAGCAGAGCGCCGACAGACUGCAGGAUAACGUGUCCUGCCAGCGCAAGUGUUCCUCGGAUCUGCUGUCCAACAGCCUGACAGAGUACGUCAGCGACUCGUCCUGCAACAGCUCGGAUGGGGUCUUGGUUAACUUCUGCACCAUCUAUAGUAAAAGCAACAACCCCGCCACGCCUCACGAUCUCAGCAGUCCCGCCGUCCACCCCGCUCACUCCUCUGAAGGGUCUGUGUUCCUCAGUCUCCAGCCCGUACCUCAAAGUCCGUCCGUCCACAACGGUGACGCGACGGCUUUCUCCCCUCCGAAAGAGGAGACCGACGCAGGCCUUUCCGGGGCGCGCUGUUCUGCCCGGGGUCUGGACUCCAACUGCAACCACUGCAGCCUGGAGCCUCUGCCCCCGGGUAUGUCCUCUCUGGAAGUGUCAGACCUGACCGCCUGUCUCCAGAGCCAGUCAGCAUUAGCCGUGGGGACUAACCAGAAAUACUACAAGCUGGUCACUUGUGACCUCUCCUCCCAGUCACCAAGCCCGGCCUGGUCCAGUCUCACCAGCUGCCCAGAGGGGCAGGGCCGAGGCAGCCCUUUUCUGUCCCCUCUUGAUCAUAAGAGAGGAGCACAGCACAGUGAAGUCAAGCAGGUCAGAGAUGAUCAGGAAAAGGAAAAGGCGUUCUCCUCUGUCCAGUCCAGAGCUGAAUUUCAAUCCCCUCACUUUCUGACGAUAGAUUACCAGGUUGCCACCACCUCCAAUGACAAAACCUUCUUCUGGAAGCAACAUACAGGCGGCGCCCAGAGUAUGUCCCACAUGCCCUGCUCACAGUACCCCAACCAGUGUAGCGAUAAAUGCCAAGACACAAGCAGAGCGUCCACUCAGCCAUCUGCGGUGCACGACCAAGAGCAUAAUAUUACUGAUACUGUCGAUGUGGGAGUUUGUUCAGUGGAGGGAGAAGUGGCGCACAGCAGCAAGCCCCGAAGACCAACAUCACUCCCAAUCCAGCCAUUCGUUCUGAUCCCUAUAGAAAAACCACAAUCCCAGGCCCAGUAUCUGGGCUGUCUUUUGGAACAGUACAUAAAUCAAAAGAGCAGCAAGCAUGGGGAGUCCCAGCCAGACCCUGAAUUCAAGGUAAAAAGGAGUAAGUGCUUAUCUAAUCUUCAGUCACCGCUGAUGGAGGGCCACUGCCCCAUCUUUCUGGACGCUCCUUCUACCUCGGAUAGCUGCUCCACCUGCACCCCAAGUCCAGAGAGCUUCAGCCACAGACAUAUGUGGAGUCAGUUCAGUAGGAACCAGGGGUGCCCAAGCACGUCAAAAAGCACCCUGGAUUCCCAUCGCGCAGCUGUGGAGGCCAGAAUUGUUCAAAUGCAAUAUACGACAAGCCCAACAUGUAACAAGACUCGGUCCGACCGUUCUUUUAAUCUUAUCUCCGCCUUAAAUCGAUCCAACCUUGUCAAGAUCCCCACUCACCAGGACCUGAUCGGCCUCACCUCAGAGCAGGACGAUGCCAGCGCAAAGCCCGGAAGUCCCGGCUCGUCUUUGACCCACUCUUCCUACUACCCGGGAUCCUCCCUCACUCCACCCACACUACCCCUUACGGCUGACGCCGAUCAGCCAAACCUGAGAGUGUCCCUGUCGCCCGCCUGCUCCCGACCACAGCAGAAGUUCCCACAGUAUCAAGCUCCACCUGCAGCUGAAUCUGACUUCAGCAGUUUUACAGCCACCCUCUCCUCCGUGGCUCCCCUCUCCUGUUUGAGCUCCCUUCUCUCCCGGGCCGCUUCAGGCCUGCUUCCCCAUGAGACCCAGGACUCUGCCGGACUCGGUUUGAAGCCACAUCAACACGGCGAAUCUCUGAUCCUGAGCGACAGGCCGCCCAAUGAAUUCUGCCUCUCGCCUGACACAUCUUAUGAGUCCAUGUCUAUCAGCCACCUUCAGAGGAGAGGUUUGCUGAGGUCUGUGAGCAGUGCUGUGGAUUUGAUCAUGGCCCAUUUUGGCAGCACUAGAGACCCUGAAGAAAAGAUGUGGUUGGGUAACAGCUCCUACAGCCCUACGAUCGCUGGCCUGGUCCUAGAACACUUAUGUCCUGCCAUCCAGAACAUUUUAGAGGACGGCCUACGGGACCACAAACUGGAUUUCAUAAUCGGGCAAAGGCGCAAUCAUGCCUGGAGUGUGGUUGAAAUCUCCACCAGAAUAGGUCCAUCCACCAGGGUCCUUCACAGCCUGGUCACCAAAAUCAGACACUGUCCUCAGCUCACCAACCACAGCAUGAGACUGAGAGCCUUCAUCAUGGGUCUUCUUAACUUGAGAGCAUUGGAAUUCUGGCUCAGUCACAUGCAGAGUCAAACAGAUUUAGUGAUGGCGUACUACCACUCUUGGGGGUUCCUGUCCAUGUCACUGGGGCAGUGUCAGGCCUUGUUUCAGGAGCUCUUACUUCUGCUGCAGCCGCUCUCUGUGUUGCCCUUUGACCUCAACUUACUCCUGGAGGUUCGCCUGGAGCGUCGCAGACGUCUGUGUUCGGAGGAGCAGGGUAUUUCUCCACCUCAGCCGUGCUCAGCUCUCCUGGUGACCAGCUGGCCAAAGCUACUGAACAGGAAAGUCCAGUGCUGUAGCACCCAGCCAACACAAAGUUCCCCCCAUACGGGUCAGCAGUUGCACGGUUUGCUGAAUUCAAGUUGCCCCAAGCUGCAGUACGGAGGCAUGCAGGCCAGCAGGAGUUCGCUAGCCCCUAUCCCAGAGUUCUUGGUAAAGGAGCCCGACCUGUUUGAUGAUGUGGGUGAAGAAGUGGAGUGCAUGGAGAAUCAUACAGACACUUGGUCUCAAAUAAGCAUGGAGAGCAGGCAAGAAGAAAAGAGAUUUGAAAAAGACUGUAGAACUCUCAACGCAUCUACCCAUGCCCCGGCAGAGAGUCCGGGUCAGAGCGGCCUGCGCUGGGCCAAACUGUUCGGAGCAUCAGACGCUUCCAGCAAAGCCGAGAAAAGUUCUCAUUCUAACGGCGGAUCGCAAACCAGAAGGCGACCAUCGCAGUGGCUCCAUUUGGACAGAUCACAUCUUGGACUGUUGGCUCAAUCUAUCAGGUCACUGAAGCUUGGAGGAACUCAGCCACAGACAGAUUGCUGAACUCUGUCCCACUGUCAGGGGACAACCGAGUGAGGACUUUUUUAUUGUGGUAACAUAAAUUUGUUAUGCAUGAAAUACUUACACAGAGCUCGACUGCACUGCUGAACUGAUGUCAAAGCACAAAAAUAAACGACUAUCAGCCAAAGGCACAUAUUAAAUAAGCUUGUCUAUUGCACGAGCUGAGCUAGAUAACAAUUUCCAGCUCCAUAUAAACAAAAAAUACUGCUUUUUUUACAAUAGUGAUAGGAAAAUCUGAAGUUCUGUGUCCAGUCAACAGCAUCUAAUUGUAUAAACAGGAAGUUGUUGAACUUGAUGCUGUUGAACCUAACCACUGAAAAUGAAACCUUGAGAGGCAGAAAGUCUCAGAAAGUUACUCAGUCACUGCAGACAGAAUGAGCUGAGACGGAUCAUGCUCACAUUGUAGUGAUCCUCAAAUCUCCUGUUUGCAAACUCUCAUAGUGAAAAACACAACUUUGCUCUGACUGAAACUUUAAACCCAUGCAGCUGGCUCUGAUCUCACACUUUCCCUAGAUUGUGGUAGUUUAUGCUCCUAUUUAUUGUGAGACGCCUUUUCCUGAUAGAGAUAUCUCCAUUAUAUCCAUUACUCUUUUCCCAGCAAUACCUUGAGGAUUGAGGGCAGAGACCCUAAUUGCCUCUGCAAUUGAAAUAAGGUGCUUAUGCUCCUUUGUUUCUGUAUACCUUGAAAGCAAAAAUGUUCAUAUUUAUCUGCUGUAGACUGUCAGACAUUCUUGUGGUGCACAGUUUUCCAUUUAUCACGUUGUGUUGCCGUCAGUGUGUGUAUAGCUUUAUUUUUCCUCGUACAUUUGUAGAUGAAGAGAAAACAAAGCCAAAUUUACUACAAACACCAGCCUGUUGUUGUAGAUUGUCAAUGAUUUUUUACUUUUAUUAUUCUGACUAGCUUGCUCUCUUUCAGCGUAUCCCCAGCAUGGAUUUACUGUAGACGCAUGAGUUAACAAAGAAACAGUGGCUGAUCCUGUUUAUACUCCAUCUUUGAACUUCCUAACAGGUUCCUGUUCCACAGUUCUGGAACAUUUUCCUGCUCCGUCUGAUGUUUUUUAAGUCCUCUGUCGCCCCGUGUUUUUGCUCGGUUGCACAAGUACAAGGUGGCCGUUUCAGGUAUUAAACUGUGUGUCAGGUAUAUUUCGACUGCCAGCUGAUGAGAUAAGUCAGAGAAAAGUUAAGAAAAUAAAUAAAUUAUUUUCAUUUACUGAAUUGAGAGAUAGGAAUUUUGUGAAAUUGGUCAAAGUUCUGUUCUAUUUUCUUUAUUUCCUUGAAUCUUCCUAUAACGCCCUGUGACAAUCAACCACUGUCAAUAAAGACUGAA